AAGAAGCAGAAAGAAAGGUAAAAAUUUUAAGCUCUUAUUGAUUUUUAGAAUCAACUUUGCAACGUUGUCGACCUGAACAGAUGGAGACAGCACCAAAAGAUCAAACACAAAACCCUCCUCAGAAACCAGCCAUGGCUUCAUGUAGGAGAAAGGUAAAGGAAGAUGCCACUUUCUUUGAGGACGUCAAGGAUCACAUCGAUGAGUUCAUUCAUGCCUCCAUGGAUGAACACAAGACCUGUUUCCAGAAGACCAUCAGCAAGAUGUUUGGAUUAUCCAAGGCUGUGGCUGAGAAGCAGGCUGAGGAAGCCAAGGGAGUCGAGAGUCAGUUGCCUCUUCAAACAACUGUUUCGGAUUAAAGAAUUUGGUUCCUUCUCAUCCCAGUGCGCUUUGAAGAUUCCACAUGUCCUUUUCCUCUUGUUUAUCAACGUCUUUCUUUUUUUUGUAAAUCAACGUCUUGAGACCUUUCUAUCUGACGGUGAAUAAUCUUUUGAGUUCGUGCUAA